GUAGCCUCAUAUCCGUGUGGCUCUUUAAACAAGUGGAAUAUUUGCUGUUGUACCUGUUGUACCAGGCUUGUGUGGUCACACUGGAUUUAAGGGAUUGAGAAGAAUGUCAAGUCUGCUGUUUUUAAGUAAACUGGAGCAGCAGAAAUAACUGACAAGAGGUGCUGCUGGGUUAACAAUCUGACAGGAAGCGUGGACUUUUUUGUAUAUUCAGCUGUGCUUUGCUACGACAGGCAGGUCAAAUUACAUUUCUAUAGAAAAUUAAAAGAACCCUUGAAUAAUAUGGAAACUCUAGCUUUCUGAUAACGCAAUGCUGCAGUAAUAACGGUAAUAAUUACUAUAAAUUGAAUUAGUGUCUUGCCUCAGCAGCGAAAGAGUCAAAGAUGGGUUUUUUGCUUCAGACUGGGGGCGUGUUUUUAUCCUGUUAACGGGAUAGGGUGGGGGCAGAAUGUAUGUGCUUCUAAUCUCCUGGACCCCGUGCUCAGACCCAGUCUAUGGCUCAGACAGUAAACUUCACAAAAGUAUACCAAAUAAUACUAUUAAAGAUGCGCCUCAGACUAACGGUGUACUAGCGAGGGUACACGCGACGUGCACUGGUGCUCUUGUUAAACGGUAGCUAGCUGGCGUUGGAUAUGACAAGUUAAGUAGCCGUUUGGUCCUAAAGAGCACUUUUAAACUGAAUAUUUUAACUAACUGUAACAUAAGUGAGUGUUUCUAGCGAAUACAACAAUGGAAAGCGACAAAUCAGCGCCGAGUGAAGCGAAGGGCACCGAGUGUGUGAGCACAGCGGACACCGAGAAGAAAGCCCUGAUUCCCGCAGAGGCAGAAGGUCCCAAACCCAAAGGGAUCAGCGCAGUCGCGGUGCUCUGGACGUUUGGAAAAUGUCUCGGCGCAUUGCUGCCCGUCUACCUGGCGGGGUACUACCGUGUCAGCACCAGCCUCUUGGUGUUCGGGAUGAUGGUCUACACGGGAUGGAAACAUGCCCGAGAAGCCAAGGAGAACCGCCUGAAGUCAGCCAUACAGCUGCUCAACAACGAGGAGGAAUACACAUUCAAGAAAGUGUCUAAAAACAAGCGAGACCUCCCUGCGUGGGUCAGCUUUCCAGAUGUUGAGAAGGUUGAAUGGCUGAAUAAGGUGCUGCAGCAGGUGUGGCCAUUUGUCGGCCAAUACCUUGAGAAGCUGCUGGUGGAAACCAUUGCUCCAUCUAUCCGAGCCUCAAGCAACCACCUCCAAACCCUCAGCUUCACAAAAGUGGACAUGGGAGACAAGGCCAUGAAGGUUGUAGGGAUCAAGGCUCACACCGAGAACGACAAAGGACAAGUCCUGCUUGAUCUAUAUAUUAGCUAUGUUGGCAAUGUAGAGAUCAACGUUGAGGUGAAGAGAUACUUCUGCAAAGCUGGAGUCAAGGGAAUACAGCUACACGGGAUGAUGCGGGUGAUUCUUGAGCCUCUGAUCGGAGAUGUUCCCAUAGUGGGUGCAGUCACCAUGUUUUUCAUUCAGCGGCCGAAACUAGACAUCAAUUGGACUGGACUCACUAAUUUGUUGGAUGUCCCUGGACUGAAUAUCAUGUCUGACAGCAUGAUUAUGGAUGCCAUCGCCUCCUUCUUGGUGCUGCCCAACCGCCUGGUUGUCCCCCUGGUUCCAGGCCUGCAUGUGGCCCAACUACGCUCUCCUUUGCCCAGGGGUGUGGUACGCAUCCACCUACUAGAGGCACAGAAUCUAGCAGCCAAGGACAACUAUGUGAAAGGGGUUAUGGCUGGCUUGUCCGACCCUUAUGCAAUUUUGAGGGUUGGCCCUCAGACCUUCACCUCCAAACACAUCAACAACACAAACUGUCCCAAGUGGGAAGAGAUGUAUGAGGUUAUAGUCCAUGAAGUGCCUGGUCAAGAGUUGGAGGUGGAGGUAUAUGACAAAGACACAGACCAGGAUGAUUUCCUGGGCAGGACCAAACUGGAUUUGGGCAUUGUGAAGAAAUCCAUCGUUGUUGAUAAUUGGUUCCCUUUGAAAGAAACUACUUCAGGACAAGUUCAUUUCAGACUGGAGUGGUUGACCUUGCUGCCUAGCACUGAUCGACUAGAGGAGGUCUUAAAGAGGAAUGAAAGUGUAACCAGUAAGACUGCAGAUCCACCGUCUUCAGCCAUUUUGGUUGUAUAUCUGGACAAAGCUGAGGCCCUCCCUAUGAAGAAGGGAAACAAAGAGCCCAAUCCCAUGGUGCAGUUGUCUGUGCAGGACGUCACUAGAGAGAGCAAGACUUGUUACACAACCAUUAAUCCUGAGUGGGAGGAAGCUUUUACCUUCUUCAUCCAGGACCCUCGCAACCAGGACAUAGACAUUCAGGUGAAGGAUGCAGAUCGUGUGCAGACAUUGGGCAGUCUGAAAAUCCCUUUGUCCCGUCUGCUGUCCAAUUCUAAUCUUUCUCUGGACCAGUGGUUCCAGUUGGACAACUCCGGAUCUGCCAGUCGCAUCUAUAUCAACACAGUCCUCAGGGUCUUGUGGUUGGAUGAGGAACACAUUUCAUCCAAUGUGUCAUCUAAUCUGGAGGCUGGAACAUCCAAACAGCUCCCACAGCAGACCGCUCCUCAUCCUAGCUUUGCUACGGAGGGACUGCUUAGAAUCCACCUGUUGGCAGGCCAGAACCUUAUUCCUAAAGAUAAUAUGAUGGGGGGCAUGAUUAAAGGAAAGAGUGACCCCUAUGUCAAGAUCAACGUUGGGGGGGAAACAUUCACAAGUCAGGUUAUCAAGACUAAUCUUAACCCCACAUGGAAUGAGAUGUAUGAGGUAAUCCUCACCCAGCUGCCUGGCCAGGACCUGCAUGUGGAGGUGCUUGAUAAAGACAUGGACAUGAAGGAUGAUUUCAUGGGCAGGCUGAAGAUCAGUCUGAAGGACAUCAUUGAUUCACAGUACACUGAUCAGUGGUACACUCUCAGUGAUGUGAAGUCUGGUCGAGUUCACCUGAUACUGGAAUGGAUGCCGACAGCCUCAGAGUCAGACAGAUUGGACCAGGUUCUGCAGUUCCAUUCAAGGCAGUCCUACCAAAACAAGGCUGUUCCCUCCGCUGGUUUAUUGUUUAUCUUAAUGGAGCAAGCUGAUGGCUUACCAGUUAAGAAGAGCGGCAAAGAGCCAAAAGUGGGAGCAGAGGUUACUCUUGGAGAAAUGUCCAGGAAAACUACGGUGUGUGAUCGCACCACAUCUCCUCAGUGGAAUGAGGCUUUCUGCUUCCCGGUUCGAGAUCCCAGAGAAGAUAUUCUCGUUGUUAAGCUCUCUCACAGCUGGACUCUGCCCAUUGGUUCCCUGGUGGUUCCCAUCAGAGAGCUGCUGUCUGAGCCGGAGCUGGUCCUGGACCAGUGGUUCCAUCUGGAUGGAGCUUCACCUGAGAGUCAGGUUCUUCUCAGGGCUGAACUCAAGAUGCUGAUUCCCAGCAAAUGUCCUGGGGCAGUUGAUAAGGCUAAGGUCACUACAACGUCAGACCCUUCCCCUGCUAAGCAGAAACAGGAGGCAGACACAGUGCUGAGGUCAACUUCAGUUGACACUCCUGUAGAGACUAUUGCCUCUUCAGUGACCUUGCAUGAAGAUGUCGAUGUAAAGGAAACAGCAGCUGAUGUGACUGAGGAGAAGGUAGAAGAACCACCAACCCCUGCCAUAGCACAGCUUGCUCAUACUUCCCCAGACCUCAGCUUUGCGAGUGAGGGGCUGCUGAGAAUCAUCCUGUUGGAGGCCCAGACUCUGGUUGCCAAAGACAACAAGAUGGGUGGUAUGAUGAAGGGCAAGAGUGACCCCUACGCCAAGAUUUCAGUUGGAAAGAUUGCAUUUAAGAGUAAUGUGAUCAAGGAGAAUCUCAACCCAGUCUGGAACGAGAUGUAUGAGGUGGUACUGAGGCCUCAGUCAGGACAGGAGGUGCAGUUAGAGCUCUUUGACAAAGACAUGGACCAGGAUGACUUCCUGGGCAGGUGUGAUAUCAGUGUGGCAGACAUCAUCCGUUCCCAGUUCACAGACCAGUGGUACACCCUGAAUGACGUAAAGUCUGGACGUGUUCGCCUGAUACUAGAGUGGGUACCAGCAGUGUCCCAUAAUACCACCAUGGACCAAGUGAUGCAAGCGCAAUCUCUCCAGUCUUACAAGAACAAGACCAUUCCCUCUGCAGCACUGCUCUUUGUCUAUGUGGACCAAGCACACUCACUGCCUUUUAAGAAGAGUGGAAAGGAGCCCAAGGCUGGGGUUGAGCUUGUUUUUGGUAAAACAACCUACAAAACCAAGGUAUCUGAUCGCUCCAGAUCACCUCAGUGGGAAGAGGCGUUCUACUUCUUAGUUCGCGACCCCACAGAGGAGAUGCUCAUAAUGAAGUUGUCAAGUGCCUGGGACCAGCCAAUGGGAUCUCUUGUAGUCCCUGUGAGAGCGCUGCUCUCUGAGCCGCAGCUUGUCCUAGACCAGUGGAUGCCUCUGGAUGGAGCCUUACCUGAAAGUGAGAUCCUACUGAGAGCUGAACUCAAGAUCCUGAGCUCGAGGAUGACUGAAGCUCCACAGCCUUCUGUGCCUCAUUCAAAGAAGGAAGAGAUUGUCGUUCCCACAGCCAGUGACGACGAAAACAUUUCAGAGCUAACCAAAGAUGAAUCUGUUGCAGUAUCCAGCCAGUUCAAACAGUCUGAGGCAGCAGAUGAUCUGGCCCUCACAGAGGAUGCUACUCCCCCUGAACCAGCUGCCAGUUACACUCUACCUGAUACAACCCCUGCUGCUGCACUGGUGGAGGAGCCAGAGGAUCCAGAAGAGCAGCCAACACAGUCAGAAACAGCCGAACCUGGGAAAAUACAAACAGCAGGUACUGGUUUAGGCAACCUUGCUCAGGCCACAGUAACUGGUAUUGCUGCUGACACCCUGGGGCCUGCAGAGGUCACAGAAAUCCCCGAAGCUGAGGAAGAUCUCCCACCACACACCAGCCCCAGCCAGGACUUUGGUAGAGAGGGGCUGCUGAGGAUUCACCUGCUGGCGGCCCAGAAUCUGGUUGCAAAGGAUAACCUGAUGGGGGGCAUGGUGAAGGGCAAGAGCGACCCCUAUGUCAAGAUCAACAUAGGGGGAGUUAAUUUCAAGAGUCAUGUAAUCAAAGAUAAUCUUAGCCCAACAUGGAACGAAAUGUAUGAGCUGGUUUUGAGUGGUCACAGCGUCCAGGAAAUAAAGUUUGAAGCAUUUGAUAAGGAUUUAGAUUCUGAUGACUUCCUUGGCAGAUUCAGCAUUAAGCUAAACGAGGUCAUGAGAUCCCAGUACACAGAUCAGUGGUACACUCUGAAUGAUGUGAAGUCUGGGCGGGUCCACCUGAUACUGGAAUGGGUUCCCACUGUGUCACAUUCAGUCAGACUUGACCAGGUGCUGCAGCUUCAAUCUCUCCAGUCUUAUCAGAACAAGGCUGUCCCCUCCGCUGCUCUGCUCUUUGUCCAUAUGGAAAGAGCACAUUCAUUACCUUUGAAAAAGAGUGGGAAGGAACCCAAAGCAGGAGCUGAGCUUGUUCUCGGUGAAACAACCUACAAAACCAACCUGUGCGAGCGCAGCACCAGUCCUGAGUGGAAUGAGUCUUUCUUCUUCCUGGUCCAUGACCCUAAACAUCAGAUGCUUGUAGUAAAGUUGUCCAGUGGUUGGGACCAGCCAAUGGGAUCUCUGGUGGUUCCGGUCAGGGAAAUGCUUGCAGAGCCACAGCUGAUCCUGGACCAGUGGUUUCAUCUGGAUGGAGCUUCACCUGAGAGUCAGAUCCUGCUCAGGGCUGAACUCAAGGUUCUAGAUUCCAAAAUGGUGGAUCUGAUCAGUGCAGGGACUCUGCCAUGCGCUGCCUCUGGGCCUGGAAAUGGGCAGGUGAAGCUGUCUCUUUCAUACGCCUCACAGGAGAGGAAGCUCAUCGUCAUUGUCCAUGCCUGCAGAGGUCUGUUGUCUCAAAGUAAGGAUGGUGUAGACAGCUAUGUCUCCCUCGUGCUGCUGCCAGACAAAAGCAAGGCCACCAAGAGGAAGACAGCAGUGAAGAAAAGAGACCUCAACCCAGAAUACAAUGAGAGGUUUGAGUAUGAUCUGUCUAUGGAUGAGACAAGAUUCAGACGCCUCAGUGUAGCAGUGAAAAACAACUCUGCCUCGUUCAGAAGCCGUGACGUCCUUGGACAGGUGCAGAUCGAGUUGUCCCAGGUUGACCUGAUGAUUGGCGUCACAGAAUGGUUCACCCUGAGAGACGAAGCUGAAUAAUCUUUCUUCUUGCUUACGCCAUGGUACUAUAAUGAUGGAGGAUGUCACCUCUCAACUUGGCCUGUGCUCCUGCUGCAGCUCACACUGAUGCCUUCUCCUCUGCUUACAGUCCCACCGCCUUACCUGCAUCCACCUAGCUCUCUGUGUAACGUAUAGUAUCGAAUUGGACUACACUGUGUAUUCACAUACAUCAAUAUUCACACCAAAGAUAAGUAGGAUAAAGUGGAAAAGGGUAAAGUGAAGGUUUGUAUUAACUGAAGGUGUCUUUAUUUUAUGAAGGGAUAAUAGUUUUAAGAUUGAGUCGAGCAAGUCAAAGAUGAACAGUUUUUGAAGGAAUUAAGUCAUAUUUUGUUGUUUUGUUUGCUUUUCUGCUUCAAAAAAGUUUUAAAUCUUAAAGUUUCAUGUUUAAGGCGCAGUACCAUUUUAAUAUUUGGUCUUUGAAGUAUUUCUUAUGAAUGCUAAUGCCAUUUCAGUAUUUUGGAUCUCUUUUAUGACAGGUUUAUAUUGAAGUCAUUUACAUUUUUGUCAGCACCUUGUUACGUUUGUGUUUGAGUUUGCAUUUGAAAAUAAUUUUAUAUAAUAUUUUAUUUACAAGACAUAAUUUGUUUCACCUAUGUCUCAAUUAGAUCAUAUUAUGUUUGAUUUUGUGUAUAUUUGCAAAGAUUACAGAUCAGAACCAAUGACGUUUGUUGGAAGAUGGUAUAAAGAAAUAAACAGAUUUUGCACAUCUA